UUACACACAUAUGUAUUUACACACGUAUUCACACACAUUUAAUACAUACUUAUUUCACUAGAAAUUGAAAAUAUUUUCACAAAUAAAGGUUCUGUCUAUAUUGCCACCCUGCUACGGCUGCCGUAGAGUAUGUACAAGUUUACACAGCCAAAGAAAAAUGCAAAUUGCGGGUGCUUACAACCCACGUCAGUGGGACAACCAGAUGCCGCGUCCCCAGAUCCACGUAGACCCGCAACUACUCACCCUCUUGCUGGUACAGGGGGAUCAGACGCCUCGUAAGGGAGUAACUGUGAGGAUGGAUGAGAUGGGGCAUGUGAGCCCUGCAUGGUGUCUCCAUGAGCUGCUACUAACGUUCACAGUCCUCGAGUUUGCUGAGAUGUCAUUGCUGCUGCUAGAAAGUGCGCUCCUGGUCAACCUAACUGGGGAGCCAGCUAACUCUUAGCCUCAUGUUAACUAGCAGUUCUCCCAAAGGCUGGGACCUGAAGGGGCUAGCCUGUGCGAAGGGCCGGGGCUCUCACUAGAGUUUGGCCGUGCCUUGCACGUUCUCACAAGCCGAACACAGAGCCGAGUGAAGCCCGCUCCAGGAGAGGACAAAGAGGCCGUAAUGGGAUCACUUUAUGUUUGUGUGGACAAAGCAAGCAGUCCUACUGGAAUUCUGUUAUUAGGAAUUCUAGUCACCCUGCUUUUAAUUACUUGUCGUUACGUCCAUCAAGCAAGCCUCGUAUUUCCAAACGAUUUUUGGUGCCAGCUUCUGAGAUCUCGGGUGCAGGGCAGGGCUCCCCAACAUCGACACAAGCUGGUGGCCCUGUUAUAGCAAAACUUUCUCUGCCUUUGGCCACGGAAGACUGUUGAACCAGAAAUGUGAUUUUUUUUUUUUUCUGAUUCUCGAUUUCAUUUUACCUGUAAUUGUCUUAAAUAAGAGUAGGGCAUUUUAAAAGAAACCCAUGACAUUUCUUUUUAGAAUGGACUUACUUACAGAUGAAAGUGAAGCCUGUGAACGCGUUUUCUAAAUGACCUUGGAGAAUGACGUCCAAGUCAAGACUCCAUCCCAGAUUGAGAUGUGACCGGCUGUUUUUCUCCUAUCAACCUUAGGUUUGAUUUCAUUUUUAAUAAUGGCUUUAUUAUUUUCUCUAGGCUGUUUCACUCGCACAACUGUUGGCUUUGAAAUUUGAAACCACAUAUUUUUGUUGUAGCUCAAAUAAAAGUGGGGUCACACGAGUGACCCUGUAGAUAGAAACUGCCUGGUCGACCCACUUUGACAGAAAUAGCACCCACGCUCUCACCUGAGACCAGUGGAAUCAUUUUAAGACAAAAGAUCAUUCAGUGACCGUAAAGCUUGAAACCUGAUGGGGGGGACGAAAUGUAACAACAGCUCACGUCGCCUGAACAGACGCGAUGCUACACACUGGUCCUUCAACGCGCUCCCUCGCGGAAUUCUCACGGCAGCCCCAGCGCAUGUAGCUUUCAUUAUGGUCAGCGUACCGUCAGGAGGAAACUGAGGCACACCGAGCUCGGGGAACGUGCCCAGGGUCGCAGAGCUGUGAGUGGCCAGGCUCCGGAGUAAACGCAGUUGACCUUGGACCCUGGACCUGGCUCUGGACUGAGGGGCUCCGCGUCAGCAGGCGGACAGACAUAAACCCCGAAGGUUGCCACCUGGACCGGUUCUACUGUCUGGCCUGGAUUCAUUAGGGGAUGAACAGGAAGCGAGUGUCCUCUUUUCUCAGGCCCUAAGAAUGCACCCUGAAUUCUCCUCUCAACACGACCCGUAGCCUCUUCGGUUCGUCUUAAAUAAUUCAAAGUCCUCAGGUCAGUUUCAGGCAUGAGCGACUGAAAACCUCCAGCCUCUCACCCUGUUUCAGCUGGGCGCCCCCCCCCGCCCCCCACUCCCAGCUCAGGCCUGUGUUGGCUUCGAAACCUCGGUGGAGGAGGGGGCUGAAUAAACCUUGUGGGUUUCCCAGCUCCUUUCCGGCUCCGUAUUAGGCAUCACUUCUAACCUGGGGGCAGGUCCAUGGGGGUCUGUGGACGUGCUGGGGGACGAUGACAGGGGUCCUCUUCUCGUCUCUGACACCCGUCAUCCCCUGGGCAUGGGGGAGUCCAGAGCUCGUUCUCUUUGGGAGCUUUUGGGUUCCCUGGGGGCAGCCACACAUCUCCCACCGCUGGGGGUGCUCACGGCCUUCCCCUCAGUGCAGGGCUCUUGGCUUUCUCAGGGCGGGUGACUCUUUGGGCGCAGUUCCUUUUAAGAUAACCCUAGACCACCUUUCCCCAAGUUCACAUGUGGCCUAGGAAACCCUUGUACUCAUGGAAACGCAGCUUCCUCUGGCCCGUGUCCUGGGUGGAGGGUCCAGCACAGACUCUUUCUUUAGACCUCUCAGACUCCAGCUACAGCCAGUCUCCGUCAGCUCCGGGAGACCUGGGUCAGGUUCUCUGGAAGUGGGCAGGGCUCCUGAAUCCAACCUCAGUCUGUCUGGAGUGAGGGUAGGCGCACGCCAAGGUCCAAACCACAGCUCUGAGCAAAGAGCUGAGUCAGCCCUGAUACCAGCUCCUUGGGUGACAUUGUCUCCCACUCCUUCUUUGCUCCCUGACAUCACGGGGAAGCGCUGUGGGUAACAAGUUGUACCCCCUCCGUUCUUCCCUGCAGAUUUGCUCAGUUCACAGCGCCACCUGGAGGCUGCUGCCGUAAUACAGUACACGACUGUCAGUAAUUUCCACGCAUUUAUCAAAACGCCUGUGCAAGUGUGUGCUGCUCACCUGUGUGUCCGGCACACCCUAGGAGAGCCCUGGGAGGGCAUUACUCCUUGGUCCAUAUCCGUGAAGGCCUAGAAGGUAAAGUUGGCCUCUUGGCAUCUCUUCGCUAUUCCAACGUGCAUUUCUCUCCUCCGGCUGCACGGAAUGGAUGUGUCAAAAGAAACAAGGCUUAAAGGACCUGCUGAAAAGUGGACAGAUGGUUUACCCAACAGGUGGAAUGAAAACAAAAUCAUGAAAACCCAGGGCAAGGAUUUUUUUAUUAUGUAACAUUUGAAGACCUACUCUAGCCAACUGAAAGAGUAAGCUAAAAAAUGACUAGGAUACCGGAAUCAAAAGUUUUUAAAUGUUGUUAGGACAAGUCCAUGGUUUCCAAGAAUAUACAAAGUGAGAGUGUUGUUGGCAAGAAGAUUAUUUCAUUUACAGCUUGGAGCUGAUCGCUGAUGGCAACACUGAGGUCAGAAAGGAGAAGAUCCAGCCAUCAGGAUUAUAGAUGUUGAGGGAUUUCACCAGGCAAUAAGCAAGGAGGCACGUCAUUUAGUAAAUGAAAAAAACAACAGGUCCUGAAAGGGCAGUGGUUUUGACUUAACGCUUCCAGAUGUUUGGGCCUCUCAUUUCCUAGUUUCCGUUCAAUUUAUCGUGUGCAAAUUUAGUCUUUUUUGGAUACAUGCUUUUGUUACUCCCCCGUUUACCUUCUCACUUUUGUUCUCCUUUUGCACGCUUUACAAGUUAUUUUCACAGCAUAAAAGGAGUUAAUAAAGUGAAUGGUGUUAGGAAGGGAAGGAAAAGGGAAAAUGGUGAAAAACAUGGCAUAUUAAUUAAAAUGGAUAAGUUAAUGUCUUCCAAAUGCAGUGCCAUUACUUCCUUUAACCUACAGAACUAAGCAUUUAAUUUAGGAAUACAUCUUGCUUCUAAAUAUAAUUUUCACGAUGGCCACAACAUUGUUAACUAUUUGCGAUGUGUAUUAAGGAGAUGACAAGUUUCCUCUAAAACCCUGCUGGUUACAAUCGUCUUGGGCAGAGGGAGGACAGAUGUGUGAACAUGCACAGCUGGUUCGGAGGGGCUGCCGUCGUUCUGUUUGGCUCAAGCCUGGGGUGCAGAGGAGGAAGCUAGGGAAGAUUAGACUAGAGUGUGCUUCUUGCCCACACACCACGUGUCAGCAGUCAAGCAGGAAGCCCGGAAUCAUCCUCAACGGCUCCCUCACCCUCCACAACCAGACCGACACCAAGUUCGGCCCAGUGCAGGUCUUAAGCAUCUCUUGAAAUUGUCCACAUUUCUCUCCAUCCCCAAAGACCCCCUCCUCAUUAGGGUGACGUGAGUGAGAAGUUCCUCUGUGCCCUUAUUUAACCUUCUCAAGUGCCCUGAAUAGGUAGGUGGCAUCAUUAUCCCCAUUUUAGAGAUGGGAAACCUGAGACCCAGGAUGGAGAAGUGACCUGCCCAGGGCUACUCAGCCCUUACGGGGCAGAGCCAGGAUUUGGACCCACGGGCCAUGCCCAGGGGGCCUCCGCUCAGAGCCCACUGACCCUCCCUCCCCUGGGCAGCUCUGCCCAGCCUCUCUGCAGCUGCUUCUGCUGCCUCUCUCGUCCUGGUCCCUCCCACAGCCAGGGGAGCUCUUAGAACUCCAGACCUGACCCUGUCACUGAUGCAUGAUCACCCUCUAGGACUCCCCCAUUGCUCCGCAUGAAAUCCGAAGUCCACCUGCCCCAUCGUCACCCCAGUAGGUCUGUCCCCGUCCCCCCGCCACCAGCACUUUGCACCGGCUGUCGGGUGUGUUUCAGGUUUCUUGAACGAACCACGAACUCAGUGGAGAGCUUCCCUGAGGAUGGAAGCCCCGUGUCCGUGCCUUUGCUCCGGUUCUUGCCUCCUGCUCUGCCGUCUGACUCCCGAGAAGCGGUUGGUGGGGAAGUGCGUUGUGACAGUCCUGCCACACUGAUCAACAUUAUUUAAUUAAUAUUCACUCUCUGCCUGCAGUCGAACACAAAGACCUGGAGGAGACUCCCACAUCCUUCGGGGAGGAGAAAGGAGGCGGCGAAGCAGCUGAAAGGAACUUGGGGCUUGGGGCCUUUCCGCACCGGGCGGCCGGCGAGGCGGCGAGGAAACUAAAGCCACGGGGCGGUGAACGAGCCGGGAGAUGAGGCGCUGCCGCCGCUGCUGCUGCUGCUGCCGCCGCCGCCGCCGCUGACACUCGGUUCCGGACCGUCCGCUGCCCUUUGUGCCGCCCGCACAUGUGUCUGCCCGGCGCAUCCGGAGGCGCGCAGACGAGCAUCCACCACGGCCGCCGGGGAGAGAGCGCCCGCCAUGCCCACGGAGAGCCUACAGACAGGUAGCAUGGUGAAGCCGGUCAGCCCCGCCGGCACCUUCACGUCGGCCGUGCCCCUGCGCAUCCUCAACAAGGGGCCCGACUACUUUCGCCGGCAGGCGGAGCCCAACCCCAAGCGACUCAGCGCCGUGGAGCGGCUGGAGGCCGACAAGGCCAAGUACGUCAAGAGCCAGGAGGUCAUCAACGCCAAGCAGGAGCCCGUGAAGCCGGCCGUGCUGGCCAAGCCCCCCGUGUGCCCGGGCGCCAAGCGCGCGCUCGGCAGCCCCACGCUCAAGGGCUUCGGCGGCGGCGCCAAGAGCGAGGGCGGCGCGCCGCGCGAGACCCUGAAGCUCGAGAUCCUCAAGAACAUCCUCAACAGCUCGGAGGGCUCGAGCGCGGGCUCAGGCCACAAGCACGGCGCGCGGAACUGGCCGGCGCCGCGCGCCGACGCGGCCGAGCUGCACCGGCACUCGUUCGCCGAGUCGCUGCGCGUGCGCCCCACGCCCGGCCGCGGCAGCCCGCAGGAGGGCGGCUCGCACGUGGGCCGGCGGCCGCUCGAGCCCGCGCCCGACUCCUUCCUGCACGUGUCGCACAGCUCCUCGGACAUCCGCAAGGUGACGGGCGCAAAGCCCCUGAAGGCCAUCCCCUGCAGCAGCUCCGCCCCGCCGCUGCCCCCCAAGCCCAAGGUCGCCGCCCCGGCCGCGGUCAGGUCCCCCGAGGCCGAGGCGGCCGAGCCGGCCUGCGGGGUGGGCCGGAGACCCUCGCUCCAGCGGUCCAAGUCGGACCUGAGCGACAGGUACUUCCGGGUGGACGCCGACGUGGAGCGCUUCUUCAACUACUGCGGACUGGACCCCGAGGAGCUGGAAACCCUGGGCAUGGAGAACUUCGCCCGCGCCAACUCCGACAUCGUCUCCCUCAACUUCCGCAGCGCCAGCAUGAUCAGCUCGGACUGUGAACAGUCUCAGGACAGUAACAGCGACCUCAGAAACGAUGACAGUGCCAACGACCGGGUGCCCUACGGCAUCUCCGCGAUCGAGAGAAACGCUCGCAUCAUCAAGUGGUUGUAUAGCAUCAAACAAGCCAGAGAGUCGCAGAAGGUGUCCCACGUGUAAGAGGAAGCGCGCGCAGCGGAGGGAGGGGGGUCUCUGUCCGUGCCUCGGCAGUCAUGGAGGUUGUGAGGUCUCCUUGCAGUGUUGUGAGCUUCUCCACUCUCUUUGUGUUGCUUGUUGUGCAAUGUCUUUCAAGUUGCAUGCCCGCCAACAUGGGGACUGACCUGGCGUCCUCGGCCACCAUCGCUGCAGAACCUGGCCGAUCGCUCGCCAUCCGCCAAAAGUCCCAGGCCAGAUUCACACUAGGGCUUCAAUCUUCAGCAAAACUGUUUACAAGGAAAACGGUAUACAACUUCUUCAAUAUUUAUGUGGUUCCUGUGUUUUUAUAUCCCGCGCUAUGGUGUCUUAAUUAAAAGUUUUAUCCACUGGC